GCGACCCUCAGAGGCUUAUUCGCCAGAAAUACCAGAAGCAUGGCAACUACAAAUAAGCAUAAAUUACUACCCAGAUCCGACCGCAUGUUUUUCAUAUCCAAACACGAUAUAAAUCAGCCAGCUGCAUAUAAUAGGAAACAUUUACAACGUAUAUAGUUGUACCAUCUAUACCUUUCGAGAGAAGAACAGGUUGUUCUAAGAAGCACAAACACAGAAAUUUGUCAAAACAUGGGGUUUGCCAACAGCGUAGGCAAGUACCAGCUGGGGCGGACGAUCGGAGAAGGUACUUUUGCCAAGGUGAAGCUGGCAUUCGACAGCACCAACGGAAAGUAUGUUGCCAUCAAGAUCCUCGAUAAGCAUAUGGUCAUGGAAACCAAACUCAUGAAUCAGGUGCAGAGAGAAAUCAGAACAAUGAAACUUCUAAAUCACUCCAACAUUGUGCGUAUACAUGAGGUUAUUGGUACAAAGACUAAAAUAUACAUAGCAAUGGAGUAUGUAUCUGGAGGACAACUGUCAGACAAAUUGUUGUAUGCCAAAACAUUAAGUGAAGGAGAGGCAAGAAAGCUAUUUCAGCAAUUGAUAGAUGCAGUGGAUUAUUGUCACAACAAAGGUGUAUAUCACAGAGACUUAAAGCCAGAAAACUUGCUUUUAACUAGCAAUGGAAACCUCAAAAUAUCCGAUUUUGGACUUAGCGCAUUGCGCAAGCCUGGUGACUUGUUGACAACGAAAUGCGGUUCUCCAAGCUAUGUAGCUCCUGAGCUACUUGUAAAUGAAGCCUAUGAUGGAGCAGCUGCAGAUGUUUGGUCUUGUGGAGUGAUUCUUUUUGAAAUACUUGCCGGUCGUCUUCCAUUUGACGACUCUAGCUUGAUCAAUUUGUACAAAAAGAUAUCCAGAGCAGAAUACACAUUUCCACAAUGGUUUACAGAAUGCCAAAAGAAGCUUAUCUCAGGAAUAUUUGAUCCAAAUCCCAAAACGCGACUGACGAUACCAGAAAUUAUCGAAAAUGAAUGGUUCCAAAAGGAUUACGUGCCUACAUGUGGAAAUGAUAGUGACGAGAAAAUCUACUUAGAUGAUGUUAAUUCUGCAUUUGAUUCAAUUGAGGAAAAUGUCAUGGAGACAAAAUUGCCCAUAUCAUCAAGUUUUAUAAAUGCUUUUCAAUUGAUAGCCAUGUCAAAUGACCUGGAUUUAUCAGGUCUUUUCGAGGAACAGGGUGACAAGAAGCAAAAAAUAAGGUUUGGAUCCCAACACACAAUCAAUGAAACAAUUAAGAAAGUAGAAGCUGCUGCAAUGGAUGCGAGUCUUUCAGUAGCAAGAACAAACAACUUCAAGAUCAAAAUGCUUGCAAAACAAGGAAUGACCAGAUGUUGUAGAUCAUAUGUCGAUAUGUCGGCUGAGGUAAUCGAAGUAGCUCCCACACAUUGUGUUGUAGAAAUAUCCAGAUCUGCAGGAGAGCUUGGAGUAUACAACAAAUUCUGUAAGAGUCUUACAAGUCAGCUGACAGAGGAAUCAGGUGAUUCUUCACAAAUACAAGCGUCUGUUGUAGACCACAUUGAAAGCAAAAGUAUUCAAGAAAGCAAAGGGCUUCUUCCAUCGGCCAAGUCCUUGAUGGAUUCUGAAGGACAAUGCAUGCAUGGAAAAGUGAAUUUGCAUCGGCCAAGUCCCCGAUGGAUUAUGCAGGACAAUGUAUACGUAGAAAAGUAAAUAUUAUCAAGCACGUAAGGCAUGCUUGCUGGUCGAAAGAAGAGGAAGAAUGUUUUUUGUGCUGCAGAGUUUGCUGAAUGCUGAUUUUUACAUGUUCCAUUUUUUUUACUCAUAAGAAUAGUUACCCAAAGAUAGGGUUGUAUUUUCACCACCGUAAAUUUGAUAGGAAUUCUAUCUUUUGACUCCCGACACGAAGCAAGAAAAUGUUUUUCCAAUCCACCAAUACAAUAGCUUAUAGUUAUUGAGCAAGUUUUGUCUA